UUGUUCGAGGCAAAAAUUAGUCGAAUACUAGCGAGCGUUUUGAGAUGAAUAAAGAAAUAAUACGGUGUCUGUGCUACUUAAUACUUACUUUGCUCACUGUAAGCGUCGGUAGAGUGAAAGCAGAGAAGGAUAAUGAUUCGGAGCAGCCUUUUACAAUACUCUUAGAUGCAGGGAGCGAAAUCAGAAAUGUGGUGAACAGCUUAGCUGCUUUUAGUAGCAAACAAGAUAGCAUGGAAGAGACGCUAAAAAGUGUUCAGACCGUUAUGGAAAAAAUCGGAGAACGAUUGAUGGAACUAGAAAGCACCGUUAAGACUGUUGCGAAAAUUGAAGAAAUAGUCGAGUCUCUUGGAAAAUUAUUGGAAGGUCGUUUGGGCGAAAUAGAGAACAAGUUGAGUUCCACGGAAAAUAUUCAACAAGUAAAUCACGCCUUAAUCGAGCGGCGGUUAGAUGAAUUGGGGUCAAAUUUGAAGUCAGCCCUAAGUAAACAGGGAGUAGACCGGAGUCGAGUUCGAGGUUUACCUGGUAAAAGCUCAGCGGAGAUGCAAACCGAAACGAUAGUUAGCUCUAAACUAAAAGAUGCAGGCAAUAAAACGAUUUUGUCGAAACCAGUGUAUCCAGAGAAUUCCAGAGUAUAUAGUGAUUGUGCCGAUGCGUGGCAGCAGCGUGGACCUCAAUUUUUUACCGGAAUUUAUGAAAUCAACUUACCAAACUUUCAGCCGUUCGACGUGUUUUGUAUGAAUGAAUGUACCACUUGUUGCCCUUGGACUUUAGUAAUGCGCGGAAGUGCGCAGAGUGCUGAAAAAAUUUAUCAAAGGAGUUGGCUUGAAUACAAGCGCGGUUUUGGAAGUGCCAACACGGAUUACUUCAUUGGUUUAGAUCGUUUGCAUGUGUUGACAAAGCGAGCGCCGCAAGCUCUUAUGGUUCGCGACUAUGUUUUAGGCAAACAAAAUAUUUUUAAGGAGUUCAGUAUUAAAGAUGAGCAUUACGAUUUUGCGGUGGACAAUUUAGUAAAAUUAAUGGUGCAACCUUGGGGUUAUAACGAUAUCUCAGAUGGCACAGGUGAUACAUUUUCCAGUAAUAGUGUGUGUGUGAAGGUGCGAGGUCGCAGUUGGUGGUAUAAUCAAGGAUGUCUCUCCAGCUUCGGAAUUGAAUCAUUUACUGAAAACAUCUUUAUGGCGAUUCGCCCCAAGUCGUGCCAGGAAGAUCAAUAA